GUAACAGGUCAUGAAAUGAAGUCGUGUGACGCACGCAGGAUAAUUAUUGGAGACAUCAUCCACUCCAUCUGUGCGUAAAAGCGGCUGUGCGUAAAAAGUGCGUUUAAUGAAUGUAUUAUGGUUCAUCAGAGGGAGAUAUUUUUUGUCUCAGUGUUUAACGUAAAGUAGUAUCGAGGUGUGGAGUUACUCUGUACAGAUAGAUCGAUAUUGUGAGUGAUUUCCAUAGUGUGAUCAUCCAUUCAGUUGGAGACGUUUGACACGCACAGCGGCACAUUCUCAAUGGAGAUAGUCAGACUUGUUAUAGUAUUUGUUCUUAUCUUUACAAAUGUACUUUGUGAAGACACAGAUGUGGAAAACAGGAGGGAAUGCACCGAAGAGAACUGGGCAAACACAGAUCUAAUUCAAGAUUUGAUAGUGAGAAUGAUGAGAAAACCAGGUCUACAGCAAUAUCUCAGAUCCACAGGAAGGAAAAGUUCUGCAAAAACGCAGGCAUCCAGCAAACGACAUAAGUUUCAAACCUUUGUGGGUCUGAUGGGCAAAAGGAGCUAUGAGGACCAAGGACCCGUGUAAGGUGACCAGAAGACUGGAUCAACAUCUGUUUUUGCUUUAUUUUGCACUGUAUUCCAUGAUUAUGUUUAUUUAUAGGUUAUCAAGAAAAGAAAAAGAAAAAAAAAAACAAAAAACGUUCCGUUUAUUGACUCUUCAUCCAAACAGUGCCAUCUAGUGGUAAAACUAAGGGUUGAAAAAUGUACAAUAUAAAUUGCAAUUUGAUGAGAUUUUAUUUCUGUAAUGUUUAUUUUCCACAAUAAAACCCAUGUAACUCCUCUAUGUCAUCACAGGUUUAUUAAGUGACUUUGUACAAGUACAAAUGAAAAAUAAAAUUAAAAAUACAGAGAUGGAGUACAUAGCCAAAGCAAAAUGUGGUGGUGACUCUUCAUUUCCCACUCAUUCUUUCCGCAAAAGUUAUUUUUCCAAUGCGUCCAUGAUCACUGUUCUAUGCAAAAGUUUGUAUGUUUUCCAAACAGUGGACACUGCUCUCAAGUCUCUGAGGAUUUUCUAAACAUACAAAAGAAGUUGUUACUUCAGCUGGCUCGGUAUAUAUAUAUAAAAAUAAACUAAAGUGAAGUAUAACACUUAUGACAUUAUUAUAAAUGGUGGUCCAAGGCUAGUGGAAAUAGCUAAACACAGAG